AUGUCAGCUUACAAAGGAGAUCUCUCUCCUCUUUAAAAACCUCUCCAAAAUGUCCUUUCCCAGUAGCGCUCCAGCUGCAAAUACGUUUUUGGUAGAUUCUCUGAUUGGUGCUUGCAGAACCGACAGUUUUUACUCCAGCAGCAACAUGUACAUGCCACCCAGUGCUGAUAUGGGAACUUACGGAAUGCAAACCUGUGGACUCCUACCGUCUCUCGGCAAACGAGGCGACGUUAACCACCAAAAUAUGGGCAUGAACGUCCACUCGUACAUACCUCAAAUUGAUACCUGGGCAGAUCCGAGUAGGUCUUGCCGAAUAGAACAACCGUCUAACCAGAUGCCCACUUGCACAUUUUCACAAAGCAUAAAAGAAGAAAGUAACUGCUGUAUGUACUCCGACAAAAGAGUAAAGGUCAGCUCGUCCGAGAUACCCACCUACUCUAAUCUAAUUCCUGAGCCGUGUUCGGUUGACGGUCCCGAGAUUCCCGUACCGGGCUACUUCAGACUGAGCCAAACUUAUGCGACCGCGAAAAACCCGGACUAUGGCCACGAGACGACGAGCCCCAACACUACGUUGAUGCAGCUCAACAGGGUGACUCCCAAAUCCCAAGCACCGUCCUUUGUCGAAGUGGAAAAGAAACUCCCCGAAAUUCCGCACAACCGAGAAACUAGGACACCUACUCCGGCGGAGAGCCCAGAUCCAAAGUCGAGCUCACAGGAGGAGAAGAACUGCUCUACUGAAGCGUCCGUCUCCAGCCCUGAAUUGCCACACAAGGAAGCGAAAGACUGCAAAACCGACACUCCAACCAGCAACUGGUUAACUGCAAAGAGUGGAAGGAAAAAGAGAUGCCCAUACACCAAACAUCAGACCUUGGAAUUAGAAAAGGAGUUUUUAUUCAACAUGUACCUGACUCGAGAGCGCCGUCUAGAGAUCAGUAAAAGUGUGAACCUCACUGACAGACAAGUCAAGAUCUGGUUCCAAAAUCGUAGGAUGAAGCUAAAAAAGAUGAGUCGAGAAAAUCGAAUCCGGGAACUUACCUCAAAUUUGACCUUCUCGUGA